AUGAAGGACGAAUGCGUGGGCAAGUCGAUCGCCGAGUACGUUGGCUUGAGACCCAAGAUGUAUUCCAUCAAGAAAGCCGACAACAAUGAAAUCCGAAAGAAGAGGUUUGUGGUUAUGGGAAAAGUAUCAAAUGUACGAGGUGUGAAAGAGUAUUCGCCACAAUCAGCGGAUUUGGUGAAUCAUGUUUCCAUAGCUCAUGGGAAUAGGGAAACAAGUUGCAACGAGUGCAACUUCAAGGCCGACCGGGUAUCUGAACUGAACCUCCACAAGAGAGAAGUCCAUAGCAAUCUAACUGUUAGGAGGCCCCGGUCAGCCAAGAAGUUCCCGUCGAAGGAAUUUGUUUCCUCUUCCGAGAGUGAGGACGAGGGAAAGAAAACCAAAAGCUGCUCCUCCUCGUUUUCAUCCUCAACAUCUUCCUCAUCAUCAUCAACGUCGUCGUCAUCAUCAGGAAACUUUGAAAGGCAGAAGAAGGAGAACAAAGAAGAGCGCGAGAAGGGAACAAAGAAGAGUAGAGUGGAAGAAGAGGGGGAGAAGGAAGACAGAGAGGGGGAAGACACAGAGAAGGAGAAGGAGAAAGAGCAGAGAGAGAAGGAGAAAUCAGAUGUAGAGGAUAAAGAGGAGAAGAAGGAGAAAGAGGAGAGGGAGAAGGAGAAAAAGAAGAAAGAGGAGCAGGAAAAGCAGAGAGAAAGGAUAAAGAAGAGGGAGAGAAGGAGAUGA